CGCGGCAUGGCGGCUCACUGCUCUCUGCAGGCCAAGCGCCUGCUCCUGGACCCCAAGUUCGAGGGUUACAAGCUGUCCCUAGAGCCGCUGGCCUGCUACCAGCUGGAGCUCGACGCGGGAACUGAGUUCAGGAAUCCUUGUCUCAAAUGACCUGAGAUUUGGAGUUCUGCCUGUGUGGCAUCCCAAAUUUCAUGGCAGUAAGAUGAGCAUGACCAUCAAGAAAACUUGAACCUGGAAGGCUGUAGAAAGGAAGGAAUGAACUUCAUCCUAGUGUAAAAUCUCCUAUAAACUAUUUGAGCACAUGCUGUAGCAGAAGUGAAGCUUCGUGAUGAUCAGUAUACCCUUGACCACGUGCGUGCUUUUGGCAUGUAUAAUUAUCUACAUCUUGAUUCCUGGUACCAGGAUAGUGUCUACUAUGUUGAUCAGUUUGGAAGGAUUAUGAAUCUGUCAGUGACUCUGGACACUGCUCUACAAAAACCAAGAGAAGUUUUCCGGCUGCCUACAGAUUUGACAGCUUAUGAUAAUCGCCUUUGUGCCUCAAUACACUUCUCAUCUUCCACAUGGGUUACCCUUUCUGAUGGUACAGGAAGACUGUAUUUAAUUAAAUCAGGCAAGCGUGGAAACAGUACAUCUGAAAAGUGGGAGAUUGUGUUUAAUGAAGAACUAGGAAAUCCAUUUACUAUCACACACAGUGUUUCAUUUGUAAAAUCUGAUACUCAUUCAGUAGCUGUGCUGCUGCUUAGGGUAGAAAAAGAUGAAUUGGACACAAAAGGAAGUGGAUUUCAUAUUACCUUGGAAUGGGUUACAAUUGCAGAGAUAAGCAAAGAGGGUGAUCACAGAUAUGAAAUCUUGAAAAGGAGAGUUUUGCAAGGAAAAUCAGUCCCCCAUUAUGCAGCAAUAGAGCCAAGUGGGGAUGGUUUAAUGAUUGUUUCCUACAAACCAUUCAAAUUUAUGCAAGGUGAAGACAACAAAUCAGAAGAAAAUGAUGAUGCAGAAGCAACAAAGGAAAAGAAAGUUGCAGACCCUCUCUAUUACUGGCAGCAGACUGAAGAUGAUGUUACAAUAACAGUGCACAUUCCUGAAGACAUCAGUAAGGAUGACAUAAAAGUACGCUUUUCCCCAGAUAACAUAUGUGUUAUACUGAAAGAUCAGCCUCCCCUGAUGGAAGGAAAACUGUAUUCAUCUGUGGACCACGAAAGCUGCACAUGGAUAAUUAGAGAGAACAAAAGUUUGGAAAUUUCUCUAAUUAAGAAAAAUGAGGGACCCCGGUGGCCAGGGCUAAUAGUUGGUGACACAAGAGGGGAAUUCAUUAUGGACUCUUCACAAUGCUCUGAAAUAUCUGAAAGCCUGAUGCAUCUUACCUCUGAAGUAAUGAAUCCAAACCCUGAGAAGGAAAACCCACCUUGUAAUGCUCAAGAAUUAGAAGAAUGUGAUGCUUUUCUUGAAGAUAGUGCAAGCUUGUGCAGAUUUGAUGGUGAUACCUUGAAAAUCACUCAUGUAAUUAAUCUUGGAAGCAACCAGUAUCUUUUCUCAGUUGUUGCGGAUCCUAAAGAAAUGCCAUGCUUCUGCCUGAGGCAUGAUGUUGAUGCUCUUCUCUGGCAGCCCCACUCUGACCAACCAGAGAACAUGUGGGAGCACAUUGCAACUUUUAAUGCUUUAGGUUACGUCCAAGCAUCAAAGCAAGACAAGAAGUUCAUGGCUUGUGCUCCAGAUUAUUCCUACGCUGCUCUCUGUGAGUGCUUACGACGAGUUUUCAUCUAUCGCCAGCCAACUCCUCUGGCCACAGUUCUGUACAACAGGAAGGAAGGAAGACAAGUUGGACAGGUUGCUAAGCAGCUAGUAACAACCCUGGAAGCUAAUGAUCCUAUCUUAGGCUUUCAAGCUACAAGUGAGAGAUUAUUUGUUCUCACAACAAAAACCUUGUUUUUAAUAAAGGUGAACUCUGGAAAAUAAUUAUUCAGU